CCACCGCCGCCUGUCCCAGCUCAGAGUUGUGUUUGGGCUCGGAGUUGUCGGAGUCCCGUUGGAACGUGCAGGCGGCCCAAGGGGUUUGUUGGGAAGGAAUCGUUACCGGUGAGCGUGGGGAGGCUCUGGCACAGAGAAGCUGUGGCUGCCCCUGGAUCCCUGGCAGUGCCCAAGGCCAGAUUGGAUGGGGCUUGGAGCACCCUGGGACAGUGGGAGGUGUCCCUGCUCAUGGCAGGGGUGAAACGGGAUGAGCUUUAAGUCCCUUCCAACCCAAAUCACUCUGGGAUUCUAAGUAUGCCUCUCUGGGACCAGGGACUGGAGGCAUGGAACGGCUGGAGUUUUGUCAGAGGAGGUUUAGUCUGGAUGGUUCAGACUAAAGGUUCUUUAAAAGGUUCUUUCCCCAGAGGGUGCUGGCACUGCCCAGGCUCCCCAGGGAAUGGGCACAGCCCCAAGGCUGCCAGAGCUCCAGGAGGGUUUGGACAAUGCUGUCAGGCACAGGGUGGGAUAGUUAAGCUAUAGUUAAGGGCCAGGAGUUGGACUCAGUGAUCCUUGUGGGUCCCUUCCAGCUCAGGAUAUUCUCUGAAGUUGCCCAGUCACGGUAAAUCUCAACCCAAAAGCUGAGAGUUUUCAGUGCAGCUUCCAGGGUGACAUAAUCUGCUGGGUGGUCUGUCUGUGUUUCUUUCCUGAUGGAUCAGGAAUUCCACCCACUCCUGGUCACUGCCUCACAGGCUGGAGGGCAUUUGCUGAGCUAAGUCUGAGUCUCAGCUGGUGACACUUGAAAUGCCAUUACAAAGAGCAGUGUCUCAGCGUGUGCCCUGUGCUGACUCAGCUCAGCCUGCACCUAAAGGUGGCUGGAGGUGAUGGACUUCCCAGAGCAGGCAGAAAUCAGGAUGUCAUUGCCCUGGGGCUGAGGUGCAGGAGCUCUGAGAGAUUCCCUUACUCAGAGGGGCAGAAAUCAGCCUCUGACAGAGUAGUUUGAACCAAAAGACAGAUUCCGUCUCCCCAGCCUCUGAGGGGAUCAUAAUGUGCAGGUUCCUUGGCACUGGGUGAGCAGGGUUCUGUGGGUUAUAAAGAGUAGAUGGAUUUUCCCUGCCUCUGGAGCAGGAGCUCACAGAUAAUUUGUUGAGCUCACAGAUAAUUUGUUGGGGUCUCUGGGGAGCAGCUGCCUUCUCACCACAGCCAUACCCAGCCAUGCUCGGCAAUUAAGGACCGAUUAUAUUUUUUCCCUUCUCUUUCUGUAUAUCCCAGUCUCAACCUCUGCCUCCCUCUUGCCUUUGUGGGUGCUCGUGGCCUUGGCAGGGGUGUUUCACCCUUGCCUUCCUUGAGAGUGUACUCUGAGGCCUAUUGCUUUAGGAACAGCUGUUUGGGAAAGAUGGUGAGCUAAUCCUGCUGCUAGAUCCUCCAGCAGAACCAAGAAUGACAAAGCGUGAUGUUCACAUCUGCUCUUGGGAGAACCCAAUUCCUCUGCACUUCAUUUUUUCUCUCUUUUUACCUCCUAAAGGGGAAGGGGGCAACAAGUUUUCUUCUUACUACAUCAGAAGAAAAAAAGAAGGCAGCACCCCCAUUUCCUUCCCACUGCAUGUAACUCACAGCACUCCAGUAGAGUGGUGCACCUGCAGCUGGGACAGCCAUGGAGAAGAGUGGGAACAUUCAGCUGGAGAUUCCCAACUUCAGUAACUCUGUCCUGAGCCACCUGAACCAGCUGCGCAUGCAGGGCCGGCUGUGUGACAUCGUGGUCAACGUGCAGGGCCAGGCUUUCCGUGCGCACAAGGUGGUGCUGGCCGCCAGCUCCCCCUACUUCCGCGACCACAUGUCCCUGAACGAGAUGAGCACCGUGUCCAUCUCCGUCAUCAAGAACCCUUCCGUGUUCGAGCAGCUCCUCUCCUUCUGCUACACAGGCAGGAUAUGUCUGCAGCUGGCUGACAUCAUCAGCUACCUGACAGCUGCCAGCUUCUUGCAGAUGCAGCACAUCAUAGACAAAUGCACGCAGAUACUCGAGGGGAUUCAUUUCAAAAUUAACGUGGCCGAGGUGGAAGCGGAGUUGAGCCAGAGCAGGACGAAGCAUCAGGAGAGGCCGCCCGAGUCUCACCGGGCGACGCCGACUCUGAACCGUCCCCUGAGCCCCCGCCACAACACCCCCAAGGGGAGCCGCCUGGGCCAGGUCAGCACCGUGCUGGACAUUCGGGAGCUGAGCCCGCCCGAGGAGUCCACCAGCCCCCAGAUCAUCGAGCAGAGCUCCGAUGUGGAAGGCAGGGAGCCCAUCCUGCGCAUCAACAGGGCGGGACAGUGGUACGUGGAGACGGGCAUGGGAGAGCGCGGGGCGCAGAACGACGAGGAGGUGCGCGUGCUGGGAGGAGUGCGCAUAAAGACAGAGAACCUGGAGGAGUGGCUGGGGACAGAGCACCAGCCCUCGGGAGAGGAUGGCAGCAGCGCCGAGGAGGUCACGGCCAUGGUGAUCGACACCACGGGCCACGGAUCCCUGGGCCAGGAGGCUUUUGCCUUAGGCUCCUCUGGAGCCAAAGUGGUCAGGCCCACCAGCAGUGAGAUCGACAGAUUUAGCCCUUCUGGCAGCAUGGUUGCUGUGACUGAGCGGUACAGAUCGAAAAGCGAGUCUCCGGGGCGGAUGGAUGAGCCUAAGCAGCCCAGUUCCCAGGGAGAGGAAUCAGCCAUGCUGGGAGUGAGCGGUUACGUGGAGUAUCUGCGGGAGCAGGAGGUUUCCGAGCGCUGGUUCCGGUACAACCCACGGCUCACGUGCAUUUACUGCGCCAAAUCCUUCAACCAGAAGGGCAGCCUGGACCGGCACAUGCGGCUCCACAUGGGCAUCACCCCUUUCGUGUGCCGCAUGUGCGGGAAGAAGUACACCCGCAAGGAUCAGCUGGAGUAUCACAUCCGCAAGCACACGGGCAACAAGCCCUUCCACUGCCACGUGUGCGGCAAAAGCUUCCCUUUCCAGGCCAUCCUCAACCAGCACUUUCGCAAGAACCACCCCGGCUGUCUGCCCCUGGAGGGGCCCCACAGCAUCUCCCCCGAGACCACCGUCACGUCCCGGGGGCAGGCAGAGGAGGAAUCUCCUCCGCAGGAGGAGGCUGUGGCCGUGGGGGAGACGGCCCAGGGCUCUGUGUCCACCACCGGGCCGGAUUGAGGUGCCAGGAGAAAGGACAGUCUUCCCAUUCCUGGCCCUAAAGAGUCAGCACCGACCCGGCAGGCUGGUACUGUAAUUAGUGCAAUGCCACCACCGAACAGAAAGAAGCUCCCAAGAUGUUGCCAAAAUAGAAAAAUCUCUCUCUUUCUCUCUCUUCCUCUCACACACCCACACACACACCCAUAGAGUGUUAAAUGUUUUUCUCCCUUAUUCCUCCUCCUCUCGGAGAAAAACAGAACAACUGUGUCAAUCAACUUCUUAUUCAGGGAUCGACAGGAUUUUAAAAUUUUUUUACUGUUCUGUAGUGAUCUGGGACAAGCAGUCAUUUGUAUUUCUGGACAGCGCUGUGGCCCAGCAGGGCGUCCCGCCGGCGGUGCCGGGUUCAGCCACAGAGCCAUAUCCAUGCUCCCGCUCGAGGGGAGAGCAGGGGCAAGGGGCUGUUGCCUUUCUCCCUUCCCCAGGUAGUUGCCACAGCAGAGAAAACAAAAAUACUGUCCUGGUGGAACCUGCCUUGCCCGAGUGUAUUUAUCCCUGUCUUAUUUUGGUGUGUCUCUUUACCUUUUUAUUUAAACUGUUAUUUUAGGGCUUUGGGCUUGCCCGUUCCAGGCAUGCAGCCCUGGUGCCCCUUGUUAAAGUGGACACAGCUACAAAGUGGUAUUCCAGAGAUCAGCAAAAUGUGAAGGAAGUACUUCAGCUACUGAGAGUGGAAUUUAGCAGCUGUGAGGUUUGCAUGACACUCUGAUGCAUUGGGAGAAGGGUUGGAGGGGUUUUCCAGAGGAGGUUGUCCUCUGCUGGUGCUGAUCUGGAGAGCUCAGAGCACUCUGAGAUCCCGUGUGGAGCGCUGCCAUGCUUCAGGUGGUGCCAAGGAUCGGGAAGAGAUUUUCUGGAGUUGCUGAAUUGCAGAGUUAGGGGCUGGCUACCAAAGUCCUCUUUCACCCCUGCUCCCCCCUCGACACACACUUGAUCUUUUAGAACAGCAAUACGGGAUAUGGGAAUACUGCAAUGCUGUUGUCACAGCCGAGCAAUCGCAGGUGGUUGCUUUUAAACCUGUUUCUACAAACUAGUUUGAUAACUUUUUUAUCAAUGAAACACAAAAAGAAAAGAGAACCUUACUCUAUUUCCUUAUAACAGUUCAGGAGACUUAAAAGUGAACAGUUCCUAGAGCAAUCACAACUCUGUCCCCUUGCAUGGACUUAACAUUUUUGUAUUCUGAGUAGCUCUGAUGUUUAGAGCAAGUUUAGUAAACCUGGAGAGACAUGCCUGCGUGUGUAUUGUAGGUGUUUGCACGAGCUUACAUGGUUCAUAACCAGAAAAGCAUGGGACAGGCAGAUAAGUGCAAAUAUCCUGACAUCUUUUUAAAAAAAAAUAUGCAAUAUUUUAAGAGUUUUCUCUAGUUCUGAUGCCAAGUUGUUCAUGAUGAAGGGGGGCAAUGGACGACAGGUUGUGCGUAUCAGGUUUGGUGAAGGAGUUCUCUUGAGGAUGUAUAAUGUGUACAUGAGGAGGAAGGGUGAAGUUCUGAAACUUAAGGUGAUGGGAGGAACAAGGAGACAUUGAAAAAGAAAUUCACUUCCUCUUGCUUCAGUGAGAAAGCUGGAUGAGAGAUUAGAGCUGGGAUAUAGCAGGCAGGAGACUGACCAAGUGACAAUAAAGCUUGGCCUGCUGUCUGACUGCAGUUUUGGGCACAUGGAAACAUCUCCAGCCCUUGCUUUCCCUAUCUGCAAAUUGGUACUUGGGAUCAUUUUCCUGCCCCUUUGGAGGCAAUAAUUUGGAGAAGGGUGAUGUAUUCUUGCCUUGAUUUAUAGAUUUUUUUAUGUGUGAGGAGUCUCACUGUUCCUCCCAUCUCUCUCUCAAAAAGAGAUGUGGCUCUAAUGCGUUUUUGUGUGUGGGAAGGGGCUCGGUGCCAGCAUCACGUGUAACAGGGAUGUGAUCCUACAAGAGGAACCUUUGCAGGUGUUCUGAGCUGGGUACCUGCAAAGUACCAUUUCAUUGACCAUUUCAAACAGGAAAACUGAUAUUUCACCUCCGUUUUCCUUCUGUGCCUUCUUCCUCCUCUCCUGUCAAGGGCAUCCAUCACACAGGGAGUGAUUUGGCCACUCCAACAACCAGCUCCGUCAGGUUUCCUGGCAAAGGUCAAACAUCACGGUACCAAAACACUGAGGUUGCCAGAGAGAAGUGGCAGAGGAUGAGGUGAGAGGGUGGCCAAGGUAGGUUUUGUUGCAAUCAAGGUGCAGGGAGGAGUGGAGAUGUGCUGCUUUAGUCAUAGCUUUUGAAGUUACCAAAAAUGAAAAAAAAAAAGUUAAAAACUUUGAAAUCCUAUCCUGUUCACACUAGAGAGCAUAAAAAGUUACUUUUAGUUGCUUAAAAGAUUUUUAAGUGUUUUAAAAUAGAAAUUUUAAAAGAAUACUACCAAACUAUAAAAACAUAAAAUUAUUUAUAUACAUAUAUUAUAUAAAAUAUAGUGGGAAAGUUUCCCUGCUAAGCUUGCUGUGAAGAGAAGGGUGAAGGUGCAGUAACUGCUACACAAGCAACAUUUCUCUGAGACAGAUGGCAACCAUAGUGAGGAAGGGCUGACAUAAAAUGGUGAAUGCCUUUGUUCCCAUGGCAUAACUGUGAGUUUCUUGAGCAGGUUUUUAUUUUACUGUAUCAAUACUGUGAAAGGAGAAGCAUCCAAACAGUACAGGAUGCCAACAGCGUGUCCUGUUUGCUGAUUCACUACUUCAAGUGGCCUGGUGAAAACCAUGAAAUUAAUCCUUCAUACCUUACUAGGCUGAAAACAAAGCUUGUGAAAGGUUUUUCUUUUUUCCUCCUUUAUGUUUGCUUUUCUUUUUGAGUUUUUGUUGUUUUGUUUUGUUUUGUGCAGAGGUUGCCACUGUAUAAAUGAUCAUUUCUGAUUGCAUGCAAAAGAGCCAAUAUUCUUGCCCAGGCCUCGCUGAGGUGAAGUUUAUAGCUUGUAGCUAGAGUCAGUAUAAGGUAUGGUAGUGGGAAUCAUUUUGAUAUUAUUUCUGUACAUUUAAUGGAAGUGUAUGUAUGUGUGGGAAUCAUGGUGUCUAAUAUUUCUUGAACAGUGCUGAAACCAGUUCAGGCCCAUCUGCACUAGACAGUGGAACCAGUUCUGAAGGAAUUGUUAUUGAACGUUUCUUUCAAGGGUCGACUUCCUGAGUGCAGAUGAGACCAAGGUUCGAGAAAAAAGGGGUUGGAGGUGCUGUAUGGUAUGGAGAAACCUCAUGUGAAUUUUCUGGCAGUGUUGUAGCUACUUUAGAGGUGCUUUCCCUAACAGAAUGAUACUGUGUCCUGUUGCCUCUGCGUUGGUGUGGCUCUUUACAGUUGCACCAAAGCUGUGGAGAAUCAGAUGCCAACUUUCCAAGUGUGAAUGCUUCUGUGAUGGGCUGAGGCACAGCUUUGCAUUCCCACAUCUAGCUGCAUCUUGUUCUGCCAAAACUGUGAUUUCAACUGUGAUUUAAGGAGGAUGUGAAGAGACCUAUUGUGUUUUAAUACCUCUGUAUGUUACAUUUUUGUCUGCUUUAGAGUUAGCGCUUACUAACCCAUUUGUUUUCUUGCCUCAGGCAACAGGGAGAACACACUCUGGUUUUACAGUUUGCUUUCUUGGAGGUGGACAUAUUUCUUAGUUCUUUGCUGCCAAAGAACUCACCUCCCAAAUGUGAAGAGUUGUGGUUAUCUCCUUAAGCCUGCAGCAAGCCCUGGUGCCACGUGUCAGCCAAGUGACAUGAUGGUUGCCACGGCUGUUCCCUGCUGCUGCCAGGUUACCUGUGAAUAGCUGUGAAAAUAGCAAGAAUUGUGUUAAUACUGUGUUGCUGCUUUGGAGAAAAGCUAAACCUUUUUGUCUCAGGAGGAUGACUGAUGUGAUGCUGGGAAAAGGAGAAGGCCAAAAUGCAAUGAGAGGAUGUGAGAACAAAUUGUGCUUUGUAUUUCCAGCAGCUGGAGAGGGAUGAAUGAGAGGCUUUGUGGAAUGUGAAUCUGUUGCAGGAGGCUGAGGACAUGCUUAGAGCUAGCUUAGUAAGAUGCAGGGAUAGCCUGGUGAGAGCCAGAGCAGCCAGUGCAAAUGGGCAGUCCCUCCUCGUCCUCUCAGCAUUAUCCACUAUCAGGUUCAGUCCUUGGACAUUCGUACAUCUUCUCUACAAUGUUCUCAAGCUGUGAGCUGUAUAAUUUAAUUUUAGUUUGGGUGCUGGGAAGAGCAGAAAGCAUGUUGUGUCUUUGCUGCUGUUUUAAACGCAGAGAGGUCGGCAGGGACUGACCCCGUUCCCAUCUGACAGCUCUACAGAGCUGGAACAGCACUGGAACAGGCUGAAAAGCAUCAUGGGGCUGGCUCAGCACACAGGGCACAGAGCCAGCAUUUCAGCCCUCUGUGAGCUCAAGGUUGAAGUACAUGGACAGGACAGCCCUCCCUGCUUGUCCUGCUCUCAUUUUGUGACAGCUCUGUGGCUGCAUUUCCAUCCCACACCUCUGCAAUAGGAAUGUCACUAAACUGUGGGAUGCCCAUUUCAGGAAGUGAUUCCAAGCAGUUUGGUUUUGGAGUAGAGUCCUUGCUACUUUUGGGUGAUUCCUAACAAGGAUCCCAAGGAUGAGCCCUAACAAGGCCUUUGCAAGAGCAGAGUUGUAGCUUUUAUUUGCUGCUGACUUAAUCUCUCCUGCAGAAUCCAACAUACAAAUAGGAAGACAGCUGCAAAGGUGCAGCUGAUUAAACUGAUUUGGGUGCAAGGUGGCCUGGGAGGUAGAUAGGAUCAUGCAUCUUGAAAACCAACAGAAACCAGCCCUUAAAAUUAUUUAAACUUUACCAAACUCUCCUCUUUGAUCCAUGACAUGCCUGCCAAUAUGGCCGUGUCAGCAUCCUAACGUUUCUGCAAUUAGUGACAUUAAAUGCUGUUCAGGCUCUGCUGGAAAUAUUUUGGAGAUGGGAAAAGUCCCUGCUCAUGGCAAGAUGGUUGGACUAGAUGACCUCUAAAGGUCCCUUCCAAUCCAUACUAUUCCAUCGGUCAAGAAGCUGUAAUUCAAGGAGACUUUUUGCCAGGGUCUGGGCUCUGAGUUUUCCCUGGGAGCUGAGUCUGUGGCCAGGACUGCAGUUGGAAAGCCUGGGAUCCACUGCCAUAGCAAAAUAAUUGUGGUGAGCAUUACUCCUGUCACAAGGUGAGAGCCAUGCACAGAGUGUUGAUAUCUGCAGUUAAAGGGCCUAAAUAGGAGCUCAGAAUCCUUAUUUUAAUCACUGUCAUUCAAACGAUAUUUCAAUAUAAAAUACAUAUGUACCUGUGUAUGUAUAUGUGUAUAUAGAUAUAUAUUUGUAACCAAAUAGAAUUUAAAACUAUGCAAACAAUACUGGCUGCUUCGUGAAACUAAAGUCUACCAGAACAUUUUGGAAUAGAGUAGAUUUGGAGUAGACUUGCUGUGGAGUUUUGUUUGUUAGUUUGGUUGGUUUUGUUUUAUAAUCAGUAAAAUGCAGCACACCAAAGUUUUGCUGCAGUUAAGUCUUAUUAGAAAUGUAGGUUAUUCCUAACCUGAAACCCACUCAAGUGGGUUAUGAAAUUAUCUGAAGAGUGCUACCAUCUCUAAAAUAUUUCCAUCUGCUGAAAGGCUUUGGCUUGGCAAACAUAGGAGAACAGAGGCUGGGAAUUAGGAGAGAUUGGAUGUGAUGUUUGGGCUGAUGGAAUCAAGAAAGGACUGGGAGCAUUUUCUUUUGGAUGUAGGAUUGAGUUGGUUUCAAGGCAUCUUCUGCUUGGGAAAAUGUGCAUAGCUGAGAUGGGGGCAGUGAUCAGAGCAUCCCUGAGAUGAAUUCUGGUUUUGAUGGAGGUUUUAGAAAGCUUCCUGCUGAAUCUGAUGGUACAAGAGUUUAGGCUGCUGGGAGAAAUUCCACAUGAUUUCUGCCAUUUCUUUGUGUCGGAUCUGAUCUUUGCUUUUAGGAUUAACUGCAAUGUGUCUCUAACUUUCAGUGAGCUUUGGCUUUUUAUUCCUGGAACUGUAGACAAUUCAGGUUUCCCAUAACAUUAUCCUCAUCCCAACUGUGAACAAGUUACUACUGCUUCUUAUAAUUUAUUGUCUUUCUGUUCCUGAAUGUCUGUGUGAUCCAGCUGGUCACCAGCACCACCUUCCAGUGCUUCAUUAGCUUUUAUGCACAGGGAAUUGUUGCAAUGGAUAAGUUGACCAUGCUAGUUGGAAGAGUAGAAGCUUUUGGAGAAUGACUUUGCUUCCUCUAGCUGUCAUUAGGGAGUGCACACACACAUACCUGUAUAUACAUAUAUAGAAACAAAUAUAAUGUGUUUCAAUAUAAACUCAUUUAGCAUUAUUCUUAUUUAAUUUAUAUUUUAAUCUAGUUGUAAACCAAAGUAUUACAGCUUGUGAAAUGAUGUCUCUCUGAAAUAGGAGGAAUCUUUUUUUAGGUGGGAAUUCUGAAAGGUCUUUGGUGACAAAAACAUGGAUAGGAGCAAGACUUAAGAACUUGUGCUGCUGGGGAGUUGCAGCCUUGAAAGGAUUUGAAACUUGCUUAGUAAAGUUGGAUAGUGGGGCCUUCUGAAGGUGUUCUUCAUGGUCCUUAACAGUUUUGUUGUAAAACAAGGACGUUCUGGCAAAGCUAGAAAUAAAAGGGGAGAAAGCAGAAAAUCAGACUGUGACCUGGCACAGCCAGGAGCUGGGGAGGAAGCCACAAAACCAGCCAAUGAUGUAUUUAGUGUGUAAUUUAAAGUUUUAGGAAAUGAGCCAUUGCUAUUUAGUGGUGUCUAGAAGUGGUUGGGGGUUUGUUAAUAACUUCUGUAAAGGCAUGUGUUCUGCUGUCACCAAUGGGAAGAAACAAUGGGUUCAAAGAUAAGAUCUUGCUGGUUUUUCUGUGCCAGGGACUAAUCACCUUGAGGAAUUAGCAAGUGCUAAGAACAAAUUCACCUCUGCUAUGUCCCACAGGCCUGGCAGUGGCUCUGCUUCCUCUAGGGAGGAGGAAGAGAGCUGAAACAAGGAGAGAGCUAAUCUGCUUUCAGCCCUGGCUGGUGCUGGUGGCCCUGGAACCACACAGGAGAAUGGGUAGAGAGGUGGAACAGCAGAACAGCAUCACUGGAGAGGUAGUGCAUGUAUCUGGCAUGCCAUGGAUGCUGUGGGCAGGGAAAUGCUGGGUGUAGAACCUGCACAGGGGCAGGAGCAUGCAGGAAAUGCUGCGGCCUUGUGAGACAGGUGUCCAAAGAUGCCUAUCCUGGCACAGCUGAGCAGCACCAGUGUUUUCCUUGCUGAAGCUGUGAAUAGUAAGAAGGAAAAGGGGUCAGUCCCCUGUGAGGGCAAGAUUUGCUGUGAGCAUUUCAAAAAUGCCAUUGGAAGGAACUGAAGGGUGGGAAGUGAAGAGUGGAAGGGGCAGUACUAGACUUCCAAGUGCCAUUUUCUGAGUUUUCGAGCAAGUGUUGAAGACUGAAGUUUGUUUUUGUUUCAGUGCUUUCUCCUUUACCUAUAUAACUUUUCCUAUUUAAACUCCACAGCUCAGGGAAGGGUGCAGAGAAGAUGGAGCCAGACCCUUCCUGGAGGCACACGGUGGAAGGAGGAGCAGCAGUAGGCAGCAGUUUAUACCAGGGAAAAUCAGGUUAGGUAUGAUAAGACAUUAUCUCACCAUGAGUACAGUCAAACAGCAUUGGAACAGGUAUUCCAGAGAGGUUGGGAAGUCUGCACCAUGGGAGAGUGCAGCCUCCAAGUUCCUGUUUCCAUUAGACUGUGCCAAGCUGUAUUUUUGUUACCUUUUUUUUUUUAGUUUUAUCAUAUAAAAUUGGCAGCUUUAUUGGCCUUCCUAGUUUGUAUCAGUUAAGCUUUUGAAACAUGUUCAGGUAUUUUUAAAUACUGCUGUGUAAGUUCCUUGUUUAAUCUGACAUAUUCUGAUUUAUUAUUUUACUGCAGUUACCUAAGGCAGUACUUAAAAAUCAGUGCAUUAAUUUUUUUGCAGACUUUUAGCUUAGUUUUUGAUAAUGUACCUAACACCCUUCCCCUCAGAUCUAUGGUGAAAUGGCUGCAUUAUUUUUAUACUGCAGUGAGACUUAUUUAUUUAAACCUGCCCAUUAUCUUUGCAGACAGACCCAAUAUCAUUGGCUAUGAAACUGUGAAACUAAUGAGAAAUGAAAAAUUAAGUUGGAUUGUUUCAUUUACUGCUGGACAAAAAGUACAGAAAGUGGCAGUAUCAAAAGAUUAAAUACAGUUUAAAUUAGUUACUCAAAUAACAGAAUGGUUUGGGUUGGAAGGGACCUUAAAGCUCAUCUUAUUCCAACCCCCCUGCCAUGGGCAGGGAUGUCUUUUGCUACAACUCCAAUAGGAGUUACUGAGCUUGGGGCAGGGGGAGGAGUCACAAAGCUAGUCUGAGAGAAACAAAUUUUAACUUGGUGAUGCCAAUUAAUUGGUUCCCCAUUUGGUCAAGUUUUAAAAGCUGUUUCUUGAGGUUUCCCUGGCUCUGCUCAUUCAUCUACAUACCUUGGGCAUUGGUUUGAUAUGGGGGUUUGUGCCUCCAAGAGUGUUUUCUGAGAGUUUACAUGUCUAAGGAACCUCUCUGAAUUACUGUGAAGCUUUCCUUGAACCCUUCCUUGCCUGUGCAUUGGUAACUGAACACAGCUCUUGCCUGCAAGAGGCCAGUGGGAGGAGGGUGGCAGCACUGGGUGACACUAACAAAUGGACAGUGCAAUUCUCAGGCUGACAGAUUGGAUUUUGGGAAGGGGCAUGAAGCCCCAGCCCCACUGUGGCUGUCCCCAAGCCCCACUGUGGGCUGUCCCCAGCUCCAGGAUGUUCUUUCAGUCAAUGUUUGUUUGCAGGGGCUGUUUACAGGGCAGCCUGGAUCUCCACCAGAGGUGCAGAGAAGGAGGGUGUCGGUGGCAUGCAGGCACUUUUCUGAAGUUUUAGAAGAUUUCCUAAGCCAAGGUUGUGCUGUUGGGGGAAGCAGCCCAGGUGGGAUUGAAAGUAGAAUUUUGUCAUACCCUUUGCUUAAAACUAAUUCCUUGGGCUUUCCUCUCUAAGGCACUGGCCUGGGCAGAAAGCUGACACCAGGCAGCUUCCAGGGCUGUGCUGUCACAGGGCAAGUGCCAGUAAGGAGCAUUGGGAAGGGAGAAAGGAGUGGUGUUGUUCAGUGUGUUGGUGGGUAACAUGGCUGACAUUUAGGACAGGCAAGAGCAAAACAGACUUUUUUGAGUAAGGUCUUUUAGAGGCUGAAUGAGGAGGAGAAUAACAUGCAGCUGUGUGUUCUUGCUGUAACAUAUUCCUCACCUCAUGCCCCACACUUGCAGGGAGAAUUAGCCAAGGAUGAGAAGAUGGAUCAGAUGCUAAUUCAUGGAAAUGGAAGCAAGGUAUUCAAAACACUGCUUUAGUCUGAAAAAGGAAGGGAAUGAAUGCAGUUUUCCCAAGCCUCUAGUGUGUGAACACUAGCUGAAGCUCCUAAGAGCUAUGUCCCCAUUGUCCCCAGAGCUCCCCUCAUUUCCCUGGUGUCACCCCACCUUUCUUGCACAACACUGUGAAUAUGAUAUCUGUAGCUCUUUUUAAAACUUUGGAUUUUUCCAUUAAAACUGCUCAGAGCAGGAAAUGCUGUCCUACUGCAGGAGCAGACAGGAUGUGACCCCCAAACAGAGUACGGAUAGUUGGGUAGUGGGAGAGAGAAUUUUAAGAGUUAACAAGGGAAGUGGCUUUGUAUAGCAAUUUGCUAAUCAAAUUUCAUCUUGUAACAAACUUAACUGACAAUCAAUUUCUAAAAUACAAAAGCCUCUUAGAGGAAAUAGUCAAGUAUAUCUUCACCAGAAAGAUUUAACUGGGAUAACUUAAUAAAGAGCACAGGAUUUUUUUUUCCUUUUUUUUUUUUUUUAAUUUUUUUUUUCUUUUAAGCAAUCACUCCAGAAAUGGAGUUGCAUUAAGCAGCAGUGAUUCACAGGACAGUAACUACCUCUCUCUCUUGGAGUGCUGAGGUUACCACACUACACACUCUAGCAGCAAAGCUUUCACUUUAAAGAGAUUUGUUUUCCUUACCUCUGUGUUUCAGAAAUGCAAGUCUGCUUUGUAAAGUGACUCUAAUGAAAAUGGCAUCUGGCAGGAGCAACGGGAGUCCCUUGGGGUCCACAGUCCUUCUUGGUCUCCAGUUCUAUACUGUGACCCUUUGCAGAUUGGCCAUGGAGCUGUGACAGUUCAGGAGGACUUUGUCACCUCCCAUGUGCUGCGUGACAGUGAACUGUCCUCUGGGCCAGAGCUGUGAGACCACAUUCCUGCACUGGGAAAUCAGUUAAUGGUGGCAAAGGUAAAGGAGAAUCCAUCUCCCUCCUGCCUCCAAGGCAGCAGGCAGCAUUUAAAAAAAAAAAAAAAAAAAAAAAGCAAUAAGAUAAAACACAAACACUUUUAUAUGUUGUUCAUUAGUCAGCAGAUCUGACUCUGCAAAUUUAUAUAUAUAUAUAUAUAUACAUACAGAGAGCAAAUCUCUCAUGUGAAAAGGUGCCAUUUUUUUUCUAAACAGUCCCUUUCCAAACUAGAACAGCACUUUAAAUAGGUUCCUCUUUAAAAAAAAAUUAAAAAAUAUAAAAAAAAGAAAAAGCAAACCCUUUUCUGCCGCAAUGCACUUUAACUCGUCAGAGGAUACAGCUGUGGCUGGCUGGGGACACAGCUGUACAGGCAGGCAGCUCCUGGGCAGGCACAGCUCGGGGGGAGCAAUGCUGCCAGAGCCUGGCCAUGGCAGCUCUACCUCCAGCAGCCCCCCGGGCCCACAGGAGCAGCCCCGCCGUGCCCAGGCACCCGUGGGGCUGCUGGCUGCCAGGAGACUUUGGAAUCUUGCAAGACAAACCCACCCUUGCCUGGCAAGAAGAUGUAAAGCCCGUUUUUUAACAGGUCAGAAGUUGCACCCAGUUAGAACCCAGCUGGCAGCCCAGGGCUGAGCUGAGCAGCAAAGCCAGGAGAAAGCUGUUACUGGGAUUGUGGGCUUUUUCCAUAACGUGAAUAUGGAGCCCUCGUCAGUUCUGUUUGGUUUUUUUUUCUUUUUUAAUCCAAGUUUGUGUGUCCCACAUUGAUUCUGCUCUGAGCUGGUUUGCAGAGUAACCAUUUGUAACAGAAAUUGUGCUGUCACCUUCAACUAGUGAGCUAUAAAUCAAAACUUUUUAGGACAGGUGUCCUAACACUCAAGACUUACUUUCACAGUUAAGAAAUUUCCUGCUGUACUAAUUAUUCUUUUUUUAUUAUUUUAUUUUAUUUUCAAUUGCAGUCCUUAUUUCAAUUUUAAAAAGUCAGUGUUCAGACUAGUCUGGAGUAGGCUGAAGAGUAAGCCUGCUGUAACUUGUGGAUAUCAGACUGUUCUUCAGUGAUUUUUCCAAGCUGUUUCCAAACUGGCCCUCCAUGACUGCUUCCCUUUUCCUCUUCCAGCAGGCGCUGGCAAACAAAAGUUCCAUGGCCAUUGUGUCCAGGGACAGCCAGCACUGCUGGAAGGGGUGGGCAGGGGUGGCAGGGGAACCAGAGUUGGGAAAGGGGGAAAUAAAAGCAAGGUAGAGGGGACUGUACAAUUGCAUUGAAAGCAGUUUAGCAAAAAGCGCUCUCGUUGGACAGCUUUAAGAACAAUGUGAAUGAGAACUUAGCAACUUGGGUAAGAAUCUUGGAAAAUUCUAUAAAUGUAUACUUGAAAUUCUGUUUGUAUUAAAAAAAAUGCAUUUUCUUCUUUCUUUUAACACUGUGUAAAAGAACAUUAUGCAUGUGAGUGGUUUGAGAAUUAAAUGGUUUAAUACUCA